UAAAAUAAUAUAUUCUUAUUAUGGGUCGCCGUAAGUCAAAAAGAAAGCCUCCACCAAAGCGAAAAGCUAUAGAACCGCUAGACCAGCAAUUCAACUGCCCAUUUUGUAAUCACGAAAAAUCCUGUGAGGUGAAAAUGGAUAGAGCUAGAAAUACUGCAAGGAUACAAUGCAUGGUGUGCUUAGAAGAUUUCCAAACAACAACAAAUGUGCUGUCGGAACCAAUAGAUGUAUAUAAUGACUGGGUUGAUGCCUGUGAAAGCGCUAAUUAGGAUGUUAUUUUAUUUAAGAUUCAAGACAUGUUUUGAAUAUGUGCAUUUGAAUUUGCUUCAUUUAUACAUUAUUAUUAAUUAAGACUAUCAAUAAAUUGAAUUAAUUAUUUUUCCAUUUGUUUUAUGGAAAUUUCUAUCAGUACAAUUUGACAAAAUUAAUAUACAAGCCUUGAAUAUAGAACUAUACUAGUAAUCAGCCAUUUU